AUGCAUGCUACAGACGAGGAGUUCAAUUUUCCUGUCGCAUUCAGUAUCCUUAUGUAUAAAGAUGUAAACCAGGUUGAGCGGUUACUGAGAGCGAUUUAUAGACCCCACAAUUACUACUGUAUACACGUAGAUAAUUCAGCUGACCCUUCAGUUCGUAAAGCCAUGAUCAAGAUAAUCAACUGUUUACCAAAUGCAUACGAAGCUACUAAGUCGACCCGAGUGGUUUGGGGAAAAUUUUCGGUGCUAGAACCAGAGUUGGUAUGUAUGAAAGAUUUACUAAGAUAUGGCGACUGGAAAUAUUUUAUUAACUUAACAGGCCAGGAAUAUCCCUUAAAAACUAAUCUUCAAAUUGUUAAAAUUCUGAAAUCUGUUCAUGGUGCAAACAGUGUUGACGCUAUUACUGAAAGAAAAUGGACAAAGCGAUGGAAAAUGGCGGGAAAACCACCACAUGGCAUAAAACCUGUAAAAGGGAACGUGCAUGUUGUUAUAAAUAGAGACUUUGUUGAUUUUGCAGUUAAUGACAACCGAUCUAUUGAUUUUAUAGAAUGGCUUAAAAAAACUAAAGUUCCGGAUGAAUUUUUCUUUAAUUCAUUGAAUCAUAAUCCACAUCUCGGUAUUCCUGGAUCUUUCAAAGGUAUGUAUCUUUAUUGA